UGGACACCGGGUUGUCUGUAUUCCUCACGCGGCGUCUCUUCGCGGCCAUGGUAACACUUUCUUCAACAGCGGACCUCUGAUUCACCAACAAACCCCUCAAACCGACGCUUUUCAUGCGGCUGAUAUUCAGCAUGAAUUUGGCCGAGAUAUGUGAUAAUGCAAAGAAGGGCCGUGAGUAUGCCUUGCUGGGGAACUACGACUCGUCCGUUGUGUACUACCAGGGAGUCAUCCAGCAGAUCCACAAGCACUGCCAGACCCUCAGAGACCCGGCGCUGAAAGUCAGGUGGCAGCAGGUGAGGCAGGAGCUGACUGAGGAGUUCGAACAAGUUAAAAGCAUCGUGACGACACUCGAGAGCUUCAAGUCGGAGAAGCCGGUGGACAUCCUCGCCCCCCAGCCCGAGGAGCGACCUGAAGACCCAGCGGUGUGGCCUCCCCCAAUCCCCGCAGAACACAGAAAUCCGGUUGCGCUGAAGAGGCCUAACAGUGGCGUGAAGCAGCAGAGGAAGGACUCCCCCGGCCUGCAGCACCGAGGGGGGCCGGCGGGCCGCGGUCAGCCCAACUCUAAAGGAGACCGGCAGGGACCCAGAGGCGCCAAGUCUAAAGACGACAAGGGGAAGAGAGGCGGCGGAGAUGCUGAUGUGGAGCAGAAGAGGUUUGAUGGGACGGGAUACGACAGUGACUUGGUGGACUCACUGGAGAGAGACAUCGUGUCUCGUAACCCCAACGUUCACUGGGAAGACAUCGCUGAUCUGGAAGAUGCAAAGAAGCUUUUAAGGGAGGCGGUGGUGCUGCCCAUGUGGAUGCCUGACUUUUUUAAAGGCAUACGUCGUCCUUGGAAGGGCGUGUUGAUGGUGGGCCCUCCAGGGACCGGGAAGACCAUGUUAGCCAAAGCCGUGGCCACAGAAUGCGGAACGACUUUCUUCAACGUUUCUUCCUCCACUCUGACCUCCAAGUACCGAGGCGAGUCGGAAAAACUCGUUCGUCUGCUGUUUGAAAUGGCUCGAUUCUAUGCCCCGACAACCAUCUUCAUCGACGAGAUCGACUCCAUCUGUGGCAGGAGAGGAACCUCUGAUGAGCAUGAAGCCAGUCGCAGGGUGAAGUCUGAGCUGCUGGUUCAGAUGGAUGGUGUGGGAGGAGCCUCGGAGAACGACGACCCCUCCAAGAUGGUGAUGGUCCUCGCCGCCACGAACUUUCCCUGGGACAUCGAUGAAGCGCUGCGGCGGCGGCUGGAGAAGCGGAUCUACAUCCCCCUGCCUACAGGGAUGAGAAUAGUUGGUUUUUGAGCAGCCGUUGGCCGUGUGGAGCUCCUGAAGAUCAACCUGAGGGAGGUGGAGGGCGCGGACGUGGACCUGGAUCUCAUCGCGGAGAAGAUCGAAGGCUACUCGGGAGCAGACAUCACCAACGUGUGCAGGGACGCGUCCAUGAUGGCGAUGCGCCGCCGGAUCCAGGGUCAGCCCGAGGAGAUCCGGGCGCUCUCCAAAGACGAGCUGCAGAUGCCCGUCACCAUGGAGGACUUCACCCUGACGCUCAAGAAGAUCUCCAAGUCCGUCUCCGCCGCAGACCUGGAGAAGUACGAAGCCUGGAUGGCCGAGUUUGGCUCGGUGUAGGGAGCGGUGGCGGCGGGGCGGCGGGGCUCUGAGCGCUUUGAAAAGGUGAAGCCUGGAAGUGAAGGGAACCUGAGCUGCCUGCUGUUGAGAGAAAAUUAUAA